AGUCCUGGAGAAGGAUUUGGACUGUGCCUUGCAGAGGGCAGUGACUGGUCUGUGGAAAUGACUCCCUGGAGCCUGAGAAGCUGAAGCAUGGGACUUGUCAGUUGUUGCAGGCCAGGGGCUUGGAGCACUGGAGCCUCACAGAUGAAGGCUGUCUCUUCACGGCAGCAUCAUUUAUGGCGGGGGCAUCCUGCUGCCCAUAAAUAUGGGAGCAACAUGUGAUAUUUCUACCCUGUCUGACAACAAUUUAUGUUAUACCACUACACGCUAGGUCCUAUUGGCUCAGAGGACAGGGGAUUUGGGGGCUCAGAGGAGGGACAUCUAACCUUGUAUAUGAGGGUUUCUAGAGAAACCCUUGUCUUUGUGAGACUUAUGAAUCCCUCGACAUUUCCCAGAUGAAGGGUGAGGAGAUUUAUCAGGGCAGAGGGUACAAUCUGAAUAAACCCCAGAGGUGAUAGGGAGUUUACUGAAUUCAGUGAAGUGCUGAUAUGAAGAGCAGAUUGACAAGAAACAAGGCUGAGGUCCCAUGGAGGGCCUUGUGUGCUGUGGUAAAGAACUUGGAUUUAUCCUGAGGACAGUGAGGACCAGUGAAGAGUGCUAAGAGUUCUAGGACCGGCUCAGUUAUCUUCAGUUCCAUGGUCCCACUGGCACUUGCACAUCACAACUUGAGUGGUCCUGCUCUGUGGUCAGGAGCAGAUAAAUGCCCUCCUAGAGGUUUAUGGCCUGGGUUUUGCAUUUAGCCUCCUUCAAGUGCAAGUGUUCCUCUAAGGACCACAUCCAUACUGGUGUCUGGCGGAAAAACUGUUUCUUAGCUCCCAUGAGGGGCAUAAGAGGCCCUAAUGCAGUGGCUGAGAGCCUGUCUUUGGGGCCAGACCUCAGGAAAGCAGAGAACUUGUUUUACACGCUUCACCCAGCUCUGGCUGAGAGCCCAUUAAUAAGCCCCAGUGCUGAGGGGCAGGUAUUGUGUCGGUUACUAUGGCAUCACCUUGGAAAGGAUCACUCAGUGAGAGCCACAGCAGCCGAGUGAGGCAGGAGGGGAAUGUGGUCAGAGGCAGAAGGGGAGGCUGGAGACAGGCUGCAGAUGCUGUCGCUGGUCUCAGGAGACCUCGUGGCUAGAGCCCACUUUAGCUUCUCCAGCUGCAGCCCAGGGAGGGAGCCAGGCUGCGCUCAGACUGAGCGUGGCUGCCUGAGACAGCACCACCGUCUGCUGCUGAAAGGGGCUGAAUUUCCAGUCUCAGACCACUUGGCCUCUCCUUUUUUUGGAGGUGGGGGUGUUGUCUCAUCUUGAAAGAUCUGGGCUGGGCUUCAUCUCCUUUUUUAUUUUAAGCAGUUACCUUCAUGAAAAUUGACUGCCAGGUGUUCACCGAGGAAAGCAGAGUGGUCCCCAGGCUGGAGCGGAAAAAGGAUGACAGUUUCCGAGACUGAUUGGUGACGGCUUGGAGGUAUCCCACCCCCAAUUCAAAAUGCCUUUUAAAACAUUUGAUAUCUUCAAAGAAAAAAUUUUGAAACCUGGAAAGGAAAGAGUGAAGAAUGCUGUGGGAGAUUCAUUGGGGAUUUUACAAAGAAAAAUCGAUGGGACCAGUGAGGAGGAAGGAAGCAUUGAGCUGAAUGAAGAAGGAAGGCCAGUGCAGACGUCCAGGCAGAGCCCCCCACUCUGCGACUGCCACUGCUGUGGUGUCCCCAAGCGUUACAUCAUUGCCAUCAUGAGCGGGUUAGGAUUCUGCAUUUCCUUUGGGAUUCGGUGCAAUCUUGGAGUCGCCAUUGUGGAAAUGGUCAACAAUAGCACCGUGUAUGUUGAUGGAAAACCAGAAAUUCAGACAGCACAAUUUGACUGGGAUCCAGAGACGGUGGGCCUUAUCCAUGGAUCCUUUUUCUGGGGUUAUAUUGUGACACAAAUUCCAGGUGGUUUCUUUUCAAAUAAGUUUGCUGCUAACAGGGUCUUCGGAGCCGCCAUCUUCUUAACAUCAACCUUGAACAUGUUCAUUCCUUCUGCAGCCAGAGUGCAUUAUGGCUGUGUCAUGUGUGUCAGAAUUUUGCAAGGUCUAGUAGAGGGUGUGACCUAUCCAGCUUGCCAUGGGAUGUGGAGUAAGUGGGCGCCACCUUUGGAGAGAAGCCGACUGGCCACCACCUCUUUUUGUGGUUCGUAUGCAGGGGCCGUGAUCGCCAUGCCGCUGGCCGGGGUGUUGGUACAGUACAUUGGAUGGGCCUCUGUCUUUUAUAUUUAUGGUAUGUUUGGGGUUAUUUGGUACAUGUUUUGGCUGUUGCAGGCCUAUGAGUGCCCAGCGGCUCAUCCAACAAUAUCCUGUGAGGAGAGGACCUAUAUAGAAACAAGUAUAGGAGAAGGAGCCAACUUGGCUAGCCUCAGUAAAUUUAAUACACCAUGGAGAAGAUUUUUCACAUCGUUGCCAGUUUAUGCAAUCAUUGUGGCAAAUUUUUGCAGAAGCUGGACCUUUUAUUUGCUGUUAAUAAGUCAACCUGCUUAUUUUGAAGAGGUGUUUGGGUUUGCAAUAAGUAAGGUGGGUCUCUUGUCAGCAGUCCCACACAUGGUAAUGACAAUCAUUGUGCCCAUCGGAGGACAAUUGGCUGAUUAUUUAAGGAGCAGAAAAAUUUUGACCACAACCGCUGUCAGAAAAAUCAUGAACUGUGGAGGUUUUGGCAUGGAGGCAACCUUACUCCUGGUGGUUGGCUUUUCCCAUACCAAAGGGGUAGCGAUCUCCUUUCUGGUGCUUGCCGUAGGAUUUAGUGGUUUUGCUAUUUCAGGUUUUAAUGUCAACCACCUGGACAUUGCUCCCCGCUACGCCAGCAUUCUCAUGGGUAUCUCAAACGGAGUGGGAACCCUCUCUGGAAUGGUCUGUCCCCUCAUUGUGGGUGCAAUGACCAAGCACAAGACCCGCGAGGAAUGGCAGAAUGUGUUCCUCAUAGCUGCCCUGGUGCACUACAGUGGCGUGAUCUUCUAUGGGGUCUUUGCUUCUGGGGAGAAACAGGAGUGGGCUGACCCCGAGAACCUCUCUGAGGAGAAGUGUGGAAUCAUCGAUCAAGAUGAAUUAGCUGAGGAGACAGAACUUAACCACGAGACUUUCGCAAGUCCCAAAAAGAAGAUGUCAUAUGGAGCCACCAUCCAGAAUUGUGAUGUCCAGAGGAAGGAGUGGAGAGGACAGAGAGGAGUGACCCUUGAUGCAGAAGAGCUGACAUCCUACCAGAAUGAAGAGGGAAACUUCUCAGAUACAUCCUAAUGUUUGAGAGGCACUUCUGUCUUCUCCCCUCUUUAGAACCAGAUAGUAUCCAUACCUAUUGCCUUCUCCAUAGCCAGGCUUGCCAGAGGGUCAUCUACAGGGACACUGGAUGUGGGGGAGCAGAGAGAGGAAAUUUAAUCUGUAGUAGGGAAAAGAGAAAUAUUAUCUAGCAAUGACAACUUGCUCUCAGUUGACAGAAUGGAUGUGGGUAUUAUGUAUAUAUAGAUAUACAUAAUUUUUUUGAUUGACAGUUGACUCUUCUCUCAAAGAACUAAACUUAUUCAGGAAGGAAUGAUUAGAAGAAUAAGAGAGACAAUGCUUUGCUUUUCAAAGAAAAAUGGAAGGAAAUGGGGCUAUUUGACCUGGAGGAGACAGAACAAUAGCCACUACUGACUCUGAGAGCAGCCACACGGAGGGGGUUUUUCUGUUCCUAGUAGAGGCCACCACUUACAAACGCCCUGCAUCGUGCCGGGUGCUUUAUGACAUUCUCAUUUAAUCUCCACACCCCUAUGACAUACAUUUCUUAUCCCCAUUUUAUAACUAAGGAAACGAAAGCAACAAGAGACUGACUUGCCCAAGGUCAUCCUGCCAGGGACAGUGCCGAGACUGGUGGAGUCCAAAAUAAGUGGCAGUUUUGGAGAAGGUGGUUUCACUUUAGGUUGAAGAAAAUAUUUGUAAUAAUUAAAACUGAAAAUGGAGUGGGUUGUUGCGUAGAUAAUACCAUAUUUCGGCAGGCAUGAGGGAUGGAAAACAUUUAGGUUGAUGUGGCAGAGAACAUUCAAACAUUGUAUAAGGGUCUGGAUUCAAAGACCCUUAGGACCCUAAGAGAGCUAAAGAGUCAAAUGAUCCUGUGAAUUCACAGUUUUUCAAAUAAAAAGGGUCACAAAUUUUAUGAGAGUUUCAAAUAGGUUUAAAAGAAAAAGGAAAAGAAAAUGCUAAGCAAGAUCGCAAAUUCCCAGGAAUCUGAUGGUCAGAAUGGCUGAGAAGAAGUAAAUUAAAUUUCAGCCCUUUGUAAUAUAAAGAAUGUGGUUAAGUAAUAUCCCAAAUUACUUAUAAAUCUUUAAGACAUUUAGUAAUUUAAGAAGUCAGUUCGUGCAGUUUAUUACGUAAAAUUAUCUUGAAAGAGUCUGUUUUUUUUUAAAUGUAUGCCUUUAGCCAUUUCUGCUGGUGAUAUUAGGAAGUUUGAUCAAAUUAUACAAAGUUAUAAUUGAAGUAUUCCUAAUGACUGUAUUUGGAAUGAUAUCAGGGAAAUCACAAUAAUAAUAUAGCAGUAACUGAACAGUGAAAUACUAGAAUGUAAACAUCUGGGGCAACUAGACCCAUAGUUAGUGUUGAAGAAUUAAUCUUUGAUUGCAUAAGGCAAUAACAUGGAUACUCUCUACAUAUGUUUUAAAGUUUAAUGCUAUUUUAAAACUUAUUAUUGGCAUGUAAAAUGUUGUUAAAAAUAAAAUAAUUUUCCUGUUAUUA